AUGACAAGUCGUAACCUUGGCACAUUAAUAUAUCGGGAGAUCAUGAAUGAAUCUCUAGACAAUGAUAUUGAAUUGGGUGUCGAUCGGAAUCCAAAUUCUGAGGAAGAAGAGGAUAAUGACGAAACCGAGGAUAGAUAUGACAAAAAUAUGAUGAAAAAAGCUAAUACAAUAUCUAGGAAAAUCAAUAAACGUGCAGUUGUUGAUGUCUUCGAUAACAAUUCAGCUGCUGUAUCGGUACAGAAUAUUUAUCUGGAAGAAGAGGAUCUUAAUCUUUUUUUAACGGGUUAUAGAUUUAAUCGUUAUGGUCUCUAUACUUAUUAUAUAUUGUGUGUCUUGACUGGUGGUGUCUUACUUUUAUUAUCUCGAUGGAUGCCCAAGCUGUGGAUUUGGCUUGUCGGUAAUGUUAGCGAUAUGGAGAAAGCAGAAUGGGUUGUCGUAGAGAAUCAAUGGGGCGAAUUAUCAAUAGAGAAUGUAUUACGCAAAUAUUACGGUGGAACUGUUAUUUCUGUCUUCUCAUUUAGUCAGCUUGAUGACGAUGAUGCAGCUAGACUCACUUCGUUGUCUCCAGACGAAAUUUUAAGUCAAUUGCAAUAUUUUGACUAUCGUUUUAUCCGAUUUAUUUAUAAUCCUUUACUGGGAAAGUUUUUACAAAACAGCUACUGGAAAGAUCCAACAUGGACAUCGGUGAAAUCACUUAAAAAAGGGAUCACUCGAGAAAUAUAUAAUGAACCGAGGCAAAUAUCAUCCGAAGAUUUAGUACCUGGAGACAUAUUCGAGAUAUCCGAUCCAGAUUUGCAUAUAUAUCCGUGCGACGCAGUGUUAUUAUCAGGCGAUU